GCAGAAGAACUCCUCCCUGUCCUGCUCUCUCUCGGCGGACUGUCCUCGUUUGUUUUUGUUGUGUGAGAGGAGGGGAAGCAUCAAGCCUACAGAUUAAACGUUUGUGGGGUAUUUAUAAAUAAUUUCCUCAGUUAAUUUAUAUGAUGUUGCUUUAGACCGUAUUAUUUAAUAACCGUAGUAUUUAAUUAGCGUGAUCCAUCGUUUCGUGCAGAGACUUCACUCAGAUCUAUGAGAGGGAAGUGAAUGAAAUGUCAAGCUAGUCGACCAGUUAGCUUCCAAUUACAUGCGAGUUAACUCACAACACCUUGCCAGCUACAGCCUAACGUUACAUCAAUAGAUUACGGGACAGGCCACUUCUCUGGGCAACUGUUUUACGGUAUCCCAUUUUCUACAAAAUCGUGGGGGGAUUAUUUGAUCUAAAUCAUGAGUGAAGAGGAGAGUUCCACCUCAACGGGUAACAACAAGGACUCGAGCAUUUCGCUCCUACUAACCAAGGACGGACAGACGUACUACGUUGACAAAAGCGGUGUUGUCGACUGCAGAAAUGUAGUCACGCCGCAAGAAUCGGACAAUAACAUGUUCUCGUACGACAUGGACGAUGCCGACGAGGAGAGCGAUGUUCUAGACACCUCGGACCCCCGUGACAGCGCCGCGAGUCCCGAAGAGCUCAACGAGGAAGACGGAUUCGGGGAGAACGAGAACGUGUCGAAAACGUGCACGUACGACGGUUGUACGGAGACCACGACCCAGGUAGCCAAGCAGCGGAAACCCUGGAUGUGUAAGAAGCACCGUAACAAGAUGUACAAAGACAAGUACAAGAAGAAGAAAAGUGACCAGGCUAUGUCCAGCGGGAAACAAGAUGAGAGCUUGGAGGAGAGGCCUGUGUCUGUAAACAAGCAGCGUCUUGGCACCGUGGGGGACCGUCCGGCCAGACCCUCCCUCAUCGAACAGGUGCUCAACCAGAAGAGACUGUCUCUGCUGAGGAGUCCUGAGGUCAUCAGGUUUCUACAGCAGCAGCAGCGUCUCCUGACCACCCAAAGUCACAGCCAAUCGCAGCCUGACUUCCAGGGCUGCUAACAGGACAACAGGGGAGGGGCCAGCCACUCUGUGUGUCCACCUCCAGACACGGGUUCUAGAAUGUAGAAUGUUCUGGAAUUAUGCUAAGUCAUUCUGGAACUAUUCCAUCUAUCACGGUGGCAGGAGGACACAGUUGUUAGUACCUAUCUAACUCAUAAGGGUUAACUAACCCCUAACCUUAACACAACCCUGACAUUACCCUAACUAUCUUAUGACCCGUUCACUUGAUAUAUACGCAAACUGUCCAAGUGCACCGCUCGGACUGGUGCAGGACUAGGCCAAAAACCUCGGAGCAGCCGUUCUCACGUGGUUUUCCCUCCCUGCUUUCUUACGCGAUGAAUCAUGUGGGCCUAUACCCCCAAAAAAACAUACAGAAACUGAAAUCCUAAUGUACUGUACUGCCCAUCCGGUGAGGUGAUACAGCAUGGCCAUCUAGUGACACCCAGCGAAAAGAUAUGCAGGCUCGUUUACCGGAGUAGUAAAGACCGAAUGGAUUCUUAUCAACAUCAACUGUGCUUCCAAUCAAUCCAUUCAUCAAUCAAUCCAUUCAUCCAUCAAUCAAUCCAUUCAUCCAUCAAUCAAUCCAUUCAUCAAUCCAUUCAUCAAUCAAUCCAUUCAUCAAUCAAUCCAUUCCUCAAUCAAUCCAUUCAUCAAUCAAUCCAUUCAUCAAUCAAUCCAUUCAUCAAUCAAUCCAUUCAUCAAUCAAUCUGUUAAAUAGAAUUCAUGUAGUUGGUAAACAAACCACAUGCUUUAAAUUUCGCUGUCAGCUAGAAGAAGAAGAAGGAACUCACUUGCUUUAAUGUUUUUUUAUUUUGUUUUGUCUGCUGUGUUAAACUGACGUUUUGGCCCAAUUUUUAGAUUCGAUUUAGAAAACAAGACUGUCGUAAACAGGUAGUAGAUGUCAUAAAGAAUAUCAUUUUAUACCAAAACGUCUGUUUUAAUAAUUAGGUAGCAUUGUGUGGUUGUUGUUGUUAGAUGACAAGAUGUAUCAAGUCUGAAUUCACUGUAUAGGAUUGCUAUCCAUUUUUCUGUGAUUACAUGUGACAAUGACAAUCAUGCUUCGGUGUGUGUGUGUGGGGGGGACAUAGCGUGAUGUUUGAAGGGGAGGGGGGGGGGGACAGGGUGCUAAAGAGCUACUAUGUGACUGUCUGCUCGGUUUUUAAAUCAAGGUUGGGGUCAAUUCAGGAAGUAAACCUAGUUCCUAAGAGAAUUGGAAUUUUCAAUUUACUUCCUGAAUUGAAAUGGGAUUAACCACAACCUUGGUAUAAUCUAUUUGUUGUGAUGUGUAAUCUGUAGUUUGGGGUAGAACCUGCAACCCUAACCGCAGAUCUAGGAUCAGAUUACCCUAUGAACCGAUCCUUAACCAUUAAGGCCUAUUUAUACCAGGUUUGGGGUCAAUUCCAUUUCAACUCCAUUCACAAAGUAAAAUGAAAUGCCAAUUUUCUUCAAUGAGUAAAGUUUGGAAUUAGGUUUACUUUCUGAAUUGAUUUGGAAUUGACCCCAAACCCGAUUAAUACCAAAGGCAAUUAGCGAAGCAAAAAUGGUUAUCCUUCAUAGAUGAGUAGAGACAAAUUGCAGGUCUAGACACAUUUGCGUAUUUUUGUUGCGCAAGUACGACGAGCGGCCAUUUUGCAUAGCUAAUUGCUUUCUUGCUUUGCAUUCUUGCGUAGAGUAUAAAUUAGGAUGGAGUUUCCCUUAUAGUCAUCUACUGGUAACAUCUGACCUUGGAUCAGUGGUUAGUACGGUUGAAGUUUCCCUUAUAGUCAUCUACUGGUAACAUCUGACUUUGGAUCAGUGGUUAUAGGGUCAACUUCAAUCUGGCAUCUACCUACCACAUGAUGGUACUCCUCUCAUCAGGCUGUGCCUAUGUAAUGUCUAUUAAACACUGUGUUUUGACUAUG